AGGCUAUGUGGCCAUGGACGAAGACCGAGCCCCGCCGCGUUUGCUUCUAGGCAUGUUGGCCGCCAGCAUGUUCUGGCUCCCGCUGACGCUCUUCGUCUCUUCCCGGCCGUCCGAGGUCGCCAGCUGGGCUGCGCCGGCCGCCGGGGAUUCCGCUCUGGCCACCGCGGAGAAUGACAGGCCCGUGAUCGCGCUCCUCGCCAGCGACUGCGGAAUCCUGUACAACUGCAGCUCCUACAUCCCAGCAUCCUACGUGCGGUGGGUGCAGCAGGGCGGCGCUCUUGUGGUGCCUUUGCAUCCCAAGAUGGAGGCGCGGGCCAGUGCAGUCCUCUUGGCGUUGUGGCACCUUCGAAACCCCUUUGAGGCGGAGUUCGACCACGUGCUGAGCCACUCCAAUGGGGUCUUGACGAUAGGAGGCUUCUUCAAGAUGAACGGCACGGCGGACCAGUGGAUGGCCCGGGUCUUCGCGCACGCCAUGCGCGCUGCAAGACGCGGCGAGGUCUUCCCGGUUUGGGCCACCUGUGUUGGCAUCCACGACCUGGCACAGCUGGCCACUGGCCGGGUCUAUGCGGAGUUCCUCAGCCGCACCUAUGCAGACAAUGUGGCGCUGCCGCUGCUUUUUGAGGGUGACUUGGCGCGCUUCUUCGAUGAGCAGCGCUGGCCAGGGUCCAGCACCUUCCAGCGGUGGCUGCAAGCUUCGGCCAUCACCUUCCAGCACCAUGAGUGGGGCAUCCUGAGAAGCACCUUCUCGCAGAUCAAGGAGCUGUCGGAGAGCUUCGAGGUGCUGGCCAGCAGCGUGGAUCAGCGGGGCCAGCGCUUCGUGUCGCUGAUGCAGCACCGGCAGGCGCCCCUCUUCGCCUCGGCCUUCCACCCCGAGAAGCCGGCCUUCGAGUGGGGCGUGCACCGCCACGGCCUGCUGCGGAACACCGCCAUUCCGCACUCCCGGCAGGCGGUGCUGGCGAACCUGCACUUCGGCGCCGUCUUUGUGCAGCAGGCCCGCCGCAACUUCCGGCGCUUCGAGAAGGCGGAUUUGUCGAAUCGCUUGAUCUUCAACAGCCCCAUCUUCUACACCGCCAGAUUGCCGCAGCUGAUCCGGUACUUCGAGGAAGCGUUUGGUUGAAACAACGGGGGCUUACACGCACUCAAACAAGGGCUUGCUUGCCCCGCCCUGCUUCGAGGAGUGCUACAUCUUUUCCUAGGCUCGCGACAACGCUCCGCGCGCCUAGGAUUGAUCUCUCGGCUUAGAGGGAAGGGAAUAGCCUCCGCGGGAGAGAGAUAAAUUCCCUCUAUUUCUGAAGUUAG